UAAAAUAUAAAUAUAUUCCCUUUUUUAUAAAUAUUGCUUUUUCUCUCUCUUUUUUACUCCACUCACACAAAAAAAAAAAAAAAGAAAAACCUCCCCUCACAACAUAUAUUCCUCUAUUCCUCUCAUGAAUAGAUUGAGAAGAGCAUUGUUGUUAGAUCAGGACGAUCAAGUUGGUUAAAUAUAAGCUCACCUAACGUUGAAUAUUCACCAAGUCCAGCUUCCGCCGUAGAAAUGGGAAAUGAACACAUCAAUAUGUAUAGACCAAGAUCAGUUCAUAUUGAAUCAGCUUCCUCCAUCAGACAAAGCAGACGUAGAUCAACCAAAUUAUCCAUCAAUGAACCUACAGUUGAUCUAGAUAAAGACUCAUAUCUGCAGCUUGGAAUGAAUUACCAUGAAAAAGGUGAACUCGAAAAGGCAACACAUUACUGGCGAUUAUCAGCAGAGACUGGAUCACCGCUAGGAUUGUUUUUCUAUGGUAUUGCAUUGAGACAUGGAUGGGGAUGUAAGAAGAAUUCGGCUAAAGCAGUAAGAUAUCUCCAGAGUGCAGCAGAGUCAGCUGUUCAUGAAUUACAAACGGGAAUAGCUCAAUCAGCAUCAGUUGCGAAAUCUGAACUAGUACUAGCCAUUUAUGAACUUGGUGUUUGUUUUCGACAUGGAUGGGGUGUACCUAAAAACCUUGAAACUGCUACAUAUUAUUUCGAAGUAGCUUCCAAUCUGGGUGAUCCCGAUGCUCAAAAUGAUCUAGGUUUUUGUUAUGCUCAUGGAUUGGGUGUCAAGAAAGACUUGUAUUGUUCCGCUAAAUAUUAUCGACUGGCUGAAAAACAAGGCCAAGGAAUGAUUGGUAAUUCUUGGAUUUGGAAAGAUAAAUACAAUCAGGUCGAAGAGCCUGGCUGGAAAGGCAAAGUAAAGAAAUAAGGGCUGGUUUCUUUAUUUCAUGCGAAAAAAAAAAAAAAAAAAAAAAA